AUGAAAAUAACACAAAUCCCAAGACACAACCUAUCUUUUAAUGCUAUAUAAAAAGAAGAUUGGGCUUAAAUUAUGGAAGAAUAAUCUAUAAAUGAUUUCAGAUCUAGAGACUUAACUUUAGCCUUGUUUUAUUCGACUUCUCUUAUAUCAUAAAAGUACUACAAUUAUUUAUAUUAAGUCAAAUCAAUUUAAUCCACAUAUUUUCUAAAUUCAAAGACUUUAAAAUGCUUAACCCUUAAGAGCCUAGUGCAUAUUAUGCAGUAUUGAUUAAUAGAUAUGUUGGCAGAACUUAUUAAUAGAUUCCAUAUUUUAAAGAUAAAUAAAAUUAAGAUUAAAUAAGAAAUCUCCUACUCAAUUAUACAUAUCAUGAUCUAGAUGUUGGUUAUGUCUAAGGGAUGAACUUCAUUGCUGGAACCUUAGUUUAUUUUUAAGUUCCUUAAAAUUAAAAAAUCUUCAAUGAAUUAAUAUACAAACAUAGAAAUAUUUAUAUUGCAGGAACUCCUGGUUUAUUUGAAAAUUUAGCACUACUUAAAUUCAAAUUGAAAGCGAAAAUUCCAAAAUUAUUUAAGUAUCUGUAAGAAAUUGGACUUAAUGAUUUUGGUAUUUGCUUUAGUUCUUAUUAUUUAACAAUGAUGCUUUAAAACACAUCUUUCUAAUAUUAAAUGCUUAUAUUAAACAUUUAUUAACUAAUGGGAUAAAAAUAUAUGACAAAAUUGUUAAUAGCUAUGCUUAAACUUUCUAAAAAUACAAUAAUGAAAUUAAAAGAUGUAGAAAAUGUUAAUAAGUAUAUUUGA